AAGAGUGCUUCGCGGAAAUGCAAGGCUAAAUCUUGUCUUUCUAGAAAUCGUAUUUAGUUACGCAUUUUAUAAACAGAGAGAAGAAAGCAAGCAUGCGUUUUUUUUUUACUUCAUGGGAUCGUUACUUCAUUAUAAACUGCUGAGUCUGGUUGUUGAAAAUAAUGUUGACUAAAGCCUUGGAUACAAUUUUAUUUCGCUCUGGAAUGAAAAGAAAUAUCGUACUUUCAAUCAAUAAAAUAGGCCAAAUGAUGUCGUCGAAAGAUAGCGUUGUUAGAGAUAAUUUAGAGUCUGAUUCACAGUCUUCAUCAGCUUCUUCAACUUCAAGCAAUGACAACCAGCGCCAGCGAAAUCGAAAUGACAACUUGGUGAUUCUUGCUGAACCAGUAGAGAAGUGGAGAAAUGUGAAAGGUUUUAAUGCUCUGGAACUAAUGUAUCAAGAUCCUGUGAGGUGGGGGAUGGCCCUUCAGACGCACGUCCAACUUACAAUGCUGCAAAAUCAUUCAAAGCCAAUGACUGAACCAGUGAAACUGAUGGAGAGAUCAAUCUUCAGUGCUAAGUACUGCUUUACUGACAACUUGUUUCACAGUGGAAAGAUGCCUGCUAUUGAACACGCCAUCUUGACAGAGUGGUUUGACUGGAUUAUUCAGUCUCAAAACAUCAAAGUUGAUCUUUUUGUGUAUUUGCGCACAGACCCUGAACUUCUGUACUCAAGAAUCAAACAAAGAUGUCGCCCUGAGGAGGAAGGGAUUCCACUUGAUUACUUACGAACACUCCAUCAACUCCAUGAAGAGUGGUUGAUACACAAAAAGAGUCCUUGCCCUGCUGAAGUUCUGGUGAUUGAUGCAAAUUCAUCUUUGGAAGAGAUGCAGAUCGCAUACGAAUUCCACAAGAGCAAAAUUCUUCAACGAAAUUAAUGAUGGACCUCAAACCUCAAAGGCCUCUUAUUUUUGUUUGCAGAAAGCGAACAGUGUGCAAUAGUGCCUGUGCGAGUUGCUCAGGUGACCUUGGACUUUGGGUUCAAGAGGAUAAAUCGUUGCCUCAGAAUUGUUUUGUCCAAAGUAACUCUUUAUUCAAGGUGCGGUGGUGGAGCAGUUAAUGCGCUCGUCUCUGAAGCGAAAAGUCCGGGUUCGAGCCUUGGUUCGAACACAGAUUUUUUUCGCCCCCUC